AUGGCCAAAAUGACAACCAAGUCAAGUUCGAGAGCUCUCUCCAUCCUGAAAGUGCUGGCUGUAGUCACACUAUUGACAACCCUCAACGCUGUCUCUGCCUCGACGUCCACGAAGGUCAACACGCAGUUGCAUGCUCUACACUUUGAUCGGAACGACGUCUCCUCUCACCGUUUCUUGAGAGCGGCCACAGUCCAAGAAGAGAGGAAGCUCGGUGUAAGUCUCCCAGGUCUUGGACAGGCCGCAAGCAGCACCAAGGCCUGGGCUGCCAACCUCAUCCAGAAGCUCCAGUUAAAGUGGUGGCAACUACGAAAGAAAUCUCCGAAUGAUAAGCUAAAACUGCAGCAGGCAGAAAGCAAUCUGUUCGAAAGCCCGACGUUUACCAAGUGGGUCACAUACGUCACAAAGAACAGCAAGGACACCCCGGAGACGGAAAUCUUCUUGACACUGGCAUUUCACUACCGUGACGCUCCUCUGGCCAAGAUGUUGGCUGCAGCUAAAGAAGUCGACAGCACGAGAGCUCUGGCCUCUAAACUGGAAGGAAUUCAGUCCUCUCGUUGGAUUGAGGCGGUAAAUCCCCCGCCGACGUAUUCACAUUGCUGGCGCUUGAGAAGGCCGGCGUGCAUGUCUUUUCAAACCCUCAAUUUGCCAGGUGGACGAACUACAUCGCUCAAGCCAAGACGGCAGACGCAGACGCGUUCAUUUACCGAACUUUGA